GCUGUGAUCUGAGACCUGUCCCCGUCUGCCCUUCCCACUCCUCUCUGAAAUGAUCACACCCCCACCCUCAACUGGCAGGGCCCCAGAACUCAGGACACCAGCACCACUCAGGACACCGGCUCCCCCCACAUAAAACUAUGGGGCCAUAGUCCCUGCGUCCUCUGCAAACAUUCCAUGUACCCUCCACACCCUGGCAAAGAGAAAGUGGACAAGUAGGACACAGGGAACGAAGUCCCAUCGCAGGGGGCGGAGAGACUCCUGUCUCCAGCGCUGGAGAGAGCGAGAAGGCCAGCGUCCCAACGGAAGCGCCCCUCCGAGCCGGCGUGUCAUGGAUGCCCUGGUGCGCCUCCUGCAGCUGCUGGUGCUGCUCCUCACGCUGCCCCUGCACCUGAUGGCUCUGCUGGGCUGCUGGCAGCCCCUGUGCCAAAUCGGCUUGCCCUACCUGAUGGCUGUGCUGACUGCCAAGUGCAACCGCAAGAUGGGGAGUAAGAAACAGGAGCUCUUUGGCCAGAUAAAGGGGCUUACAGGAGCCUCCGGGAAGGUGGCCUUGCUGGAGCUGGGCUGCGGCACUGGUGCCAACUUCCAGUUCUACCCAGCGGGCUGCAGGAUCACCUGCCUGGACCCAAACCCCCACUUUGAGAAGUUCCUGACAAAGAGCAUGGCUGAGAACAAGCAUCUCCAAUAUGAACAGUUUGUGGUGGCUUCCGGAGAGGACAUGAAAGGACUGGCAGAUGGCUGCAUGGAUGUGGUGGUCAGCACCCUGGUGCUGUGCUCCGUGCAGAGUCCGAGGAGGGUCCUGCAGGAGGUCCAGAGAGUGCUGAGGCCGGGAGGAGUGUUCUUUUUCUGGGAGCAUGUGGCUGAGCCACGUGGAAGCUGGGCCUUCCUGUGGCAGCAAGUUUUAGAGCCCACCUGGAGACACAUUGGGGACGGCUGCUGCCUCACCAGAGAGACCUGGAAGGACCUCGAGAGUGCCCAGUUCUCUCAACUCCAAAUGGAACAACAUCCCCCUCCCUUCAAGUGGUUGCCUAUCGGGCCCCACAUCAUGGGAAAGGCUGUGAAAUAACCCUUCCCGAGUCCUGCCUCCAGCCAGAGCAAUCCCGCCAACCGCCUAACCUGUCUUCUACCGAGGGGGAUCUAGGCAGAGAAGCCAUUCCCCCCACCGCCCCUUUCCUCCCUCCCCCAUCUCUGCCCCCGCGUCUAACUUCAAUCCUUCCUGCCAAAGUGAGAAGGCUGUAUUCCUAACCUGACCACAGGGAGGAAAGUGAUGUCCUGCCAUGUCCUUGACUGCAAAUCCCUAGACUGGGUCUCCCAAUUUUUGCCCACCCACUGCUAGGGCAGUUCCCUUGUUCCCAUUAGUAAAGGUCCCCCUCCUCUUCAUCUGAGACCACACCCAUGUGCCCAGCCCUCCCUCCCACUACCACCUUUGUCCUGAGCUGUGGGGGUUACAGAAGGAAGCAGUCCUCUCCUGGAGACCCUGGACCGGGGGAGCAGGACUCAGCAAAGAAGCCAGAGGUUUUGUCCUCAAAUAUUUUUUAAUAAAUAGACAAAAUCCACUAGA